UAUUAGAAAUUUUCAUGGACUCCAUUCUAUGCAUCAAUUACCAUCAUUCCUCUCUCCCCGUGAGCCUUGUCCAAAUGCAAACAAAUAUCGGUAUCAUCUAUAAAAUUUACAUUAUCGCCUCCGAUAAAAAAAAUGACCUUAAAUAGCCAGUAAAGCCAGCAAAGAUGCUAUUUUUUUGCCAUUAUUUCACUUACCUUGCACUUUCUUGGUUUCUUGGAUUGUUUCAAAGCUUUUCUGGCAAUGAACAAGCUAACAAAGAAAGAAUGAAAGAUUAGCUUCACAAGGGCUGAUAAUAUUUUAUUCGAACAAAUGAAGAAAAGCUUAGUUGCUACAGAGGGUUUAGGUUAUUUUCCAAGUCCUGGAGCUCCCAAGGGAUGGAGUUCAGAGCGUGUGCCGCACCCAACAAGUACCAGCAGCAGCAAGAGGCACAUAAGUGCUGCUGCUUUGACACCAUUUUAUAGUGGAAGGACAUUGCCUUCUAAAUGGGAAGAUGCAGAGAGGUGGAUUUGUAGUCCAGUUUCAGGUUACGGUGUUACCAAGACUCCUUCUUUACAUUCUCAGUUUCAGAGGCGGCCUAAGUCCAAAAGUGGGCCUAUUGUGCCUCCUGUCAUGGGGCAGUAUUCACCUGCUAUGCAGCUUCUUGAUCGUGGUGGUGCGAAGAAUUUUAUGGCAGCGUCUCCAUUUUCGACUGGAGUUUUAGUACCUAAUGGGGUUUGUCUUAACUAUGGUGUUGAGCAGGGCUAUUUGAUGAAGAGUGAGAGCCAUGUGGCCCGCUCCAGUAGUGUACCUGGUUGGUCAGAUUUGGUUAGUGAGAAUUCGUUGACAAGCUCUCAAGAUGAGAAGCUUGAUGAAAUCUUGGAUGCCGAAAACAUGGCUUCUCAGGUGCCGUCACAAAGAGAUAUGGCUACACAAAUGAGCCCUGAGGGUAGUUCCCAGUCAUCUCCUAACUCUUCUUACGAACCCACAGAGUGA